CAAAAAGUGGAGGUGUGUCUGCUGCAUGGACGAUUGACUAGACUCUAUAAAACAAAAGGCGAGCAAAGUGAGAUCCUAGACUCAGUUUAAUAAGUUAUUGGACAGUAUGGGCGGCGCUAACAGCAAGAACAGCGGUGGAGGUGGUUUCAAUGGAGAUGUGGUGCAAGCUCACAAUGUAUACAGAGCUAAACACGGAAGUCCUCCUCUUAAAUGGUCAGUGGAGGCAGCAAAGAAGGCACAGUCGUGGGCCGAACGACUAGCGUCAAGUGGGACAUUGCAACAUGGUAACCACGACAACAUGGGGCAGAACAUUGCGUACAAGAGUGGCGCAGAAUACAAAGGUCAAGAGGUCGUCGAUAGUUGGUACUCAGAGGAGAAUACCUACAACUACAGUACUCCUGGUUUCCACGGGAACAGCGGCCACUUCACCCAACUAGUAUGGAAGAGUACAACACACAUCGGAGUGGGCAGAUCUAUCAAUGGCACUAAGACCUAUGUAGUGGCUAACUAUACACCAGCCGGCAACAUCACCAAUACUGGACAGUUUGAAGCAAACGUUUUGAGACCCAAAUAACUCCCACAAUCCCAGUGUGUGUGUGUGCUUGUAUUCUAUGCCACUAGACACUAUAAGCGUUAUUCUAUAUGUUCUGUUGCUGGUAUAGCCAGUUUAAUUGUGCUUAAUACCACCGCCAUUGUUGUAUCUUGUUUCUACCAAUAGACACUAUCAAGUGUUAUUUCAUUGCUCUUUGUGGUCAGUUUGAUAUCACUUUGUUGUUAAUAGGCUAUCAAAUGAUUGUUACGAAACAUA